CCACUUUUCACACAAAAAAAAAAAUUCACUUCCUCUCUUUUUCUUUCUUUCUUUCUCUCUCUGUUCUUCUUACUCUGUUUUGAUUCCUCUGUGUUGGGUUUUUGUUUAUAGUGUAUAAAUUUUAUAUUUUUGUGAUACCCAGAUCGAGUUUUCUCGGUUUUUCGAAAGGGUUUGACUGUUUGAGGAGAAUUUUGAGUUGGAGAUGGAGAACCAGCAAUCGUUUUGGCAGUUCAGUGAUCAGCUUCGGGAGCAGACCUCGAAUUUGGCGAAUCUUUCUGUGAACGACUCGAUUUGGAGCACUAAUCUUGCGACGAAAAGGCCCGAGGAAAGGAAGAAUUUUGAUAUCAGGGUUGGUGGAGAGGUUAACAACUCUCUGGGCAACUUGAAUACAAAAGGGUCUGACUUCAAUGGUUUCAAUGAUGGGUGGAACAGUCUCAAGCCUAAGAGGUCUGACAUCAAUGGAAUCAAUGAUGGGUGGAGCAGUCUGAACGGAAAGGGGUCUGAUUUCAAUGGAGUCAGUGAUGGGUGGAGCAGUCUGAAGCCAAAGGGAUCUGAUUUCAAUGGAAUCAAUGAUGGGUGGAACAGUUUCAAGGGAAAGGUUUCUGAUUUCAAUGGAGUCAACGACGGGUGGAACAGCUUGAAGCCAAAGGUGACUGAUUUUAAUGGGUUCAAUGAUGGGUGGAAGAUGGGAGCUAGCAGCAAUGGAAAUGGUCUACCUUUUGUUGGAUCUCAGAAGAGUCCUGGGAUUAAUGGUGGAUUCGACAAGGGAAUUUAUUCUAAGCCAGGGUAUCAUAGUUAUAACAGCAAUAUUGUUAAUGUUAAGGGGUACAAAAAUGGUGGAAAGGGGGAAGAUGGCUAUGGAGGAAAAGCUGGGAAGAAGAACAGCAAUGCUAAUAAGAAGAAUAGUGGUGAAAAUAACAACGAUGGAAAGGAUGGUAAGAGUGCUGUGGACAAGAGGUUCAAGACACUUCCACCUUCUGAGUCUUUGCCUAGGAAUGAAACCGUUGGUGGGUAUAUCUUUGUCUGCAACAAUGAUACUAUGCAAGAAAAUCUCAAAAGACAGCUCUUUGGUCUGCCUCCACGUUACAGAGAUUCUGUUCGGGCGAUAACUCCAGGCUUGCCCCUUUUCCUUUACAACUACUCCACUCACCAACUCCAUGGAGUUUUUGAGGCUGCAAGCUUUGGAGGAACAAACAUUGAUCCAACAGCUUGGGAGGACAAAAAAUGCCCUGGUGAAUCACGCUUCCCUGCUCAGGUCCAAGUUGUUACAAGGAAAGUUUGUGAGCCACUGGAAGAGGACUCCUUCAGGCCAGUUCUUCACCAUUACGACGGCCCCAAAUUCCGCCUCGAGCUAAACAUCCCAGAGGCACUCUCUCUGUUGGAUAUAUUUGAGGGACAAAACCCUUGAGCAGCAAAAUAUACAUGCAUACUUGUACAAGUACAGGCAGUGACAAGAAAAGGAGAUGAUGAUAAAGAAUAUAGAUGGAUAGACAGGUGGUUGACUACAAACAAUACUUUGGAGUUUAAAAGAGAAUUUUGGAGAUCAAAUAUAGUUGUGGACGCUUGAAUAUUGCAGCCCAUAUGAUUUGUUUAGCUGUUUUUGUAUGAAGGCUGUUGAUGGUUGUCCUUUUUGUUCUUCUUUUGCAAUGUAUUGUAUAAGUGAUAAGGUUGGAACUCUAAAUUAUGGGGGUGUUACAAUAAAUCGAGAAUGCAUGGCAGUUUGAGUACUAA